AUGUCUAUCAAACAAGAGGAAGUAAUUCGUCCCAAUGCCAAAUUUCCUCCUAGUAUUUGGGGAGAUCAGUUUCUCAUAUAUGAUGAGGACCCUGCAGAGAAAGCUGAGAUAGAGCAAAAAGUCAAAGAUUUGAAGGAAGUUGUGAGAAAAGAUAUACUAUCAUCUUUAGAUGUUCAAACAGAACAUGCCAAUUUGUUAAAACUCAUUGAUGCAAUCCAGCGUCUCGGCAUAGCGUAUUAUUUUGAAGAAGAGAUUGAGCAAGCCUUACAACAUAUUUAUAACAUAUAUGGUGGUGACUGGAACAAGGGAAACCCUGCGCUUUGGUUUCGAAUCAUGCGACAACAUGGCUUCUAUGUUUCAUGUGAUGUUUUCAAUGAGUAUAAAGACGGAAACGGCUCCUUAACGGAAUCAUUCAGCAGUGAUGUUGAAGAUUUGCUUGAGUUGUAUGAAGCGACAUAUUUUAGAGUGAAAGGUGAAGUUGUACUAGAAGACGCUCUUGUUUCUACAAGAACUCGUCUUAACAAAAUAGCAAAGGAUCUUACAGAGAGCAACCCUACAAUGUCUACCCAUAUACAAGAGGCUUUAAGGCAACCUAUACGAAAAAGGUUGCCAAGACUAGAGGCAUUGCGUUACAUUCCUUUCUACCAACAACAAGAUUCCCAUAACAAGAAUUUACUUAAACUAGCCAAGUUAGGGUUCAACUUGCUUCAGUCAUUGCAUAGGAAGGAGCUCAACCAAUUGGCGAGGUGGUGGAAACUUCUUGAUGUCUCGAGCAAUCUACCUUAUGCAAGAGAUAGAAUGGUUGAAUGUUUCUUCUGGGCACUUGGUGUUUACUUUGAGCCAAAAUAUUCCCGUUCUAGGAUUUUCUUAGCAAAAGUAUUUUCACUAACAACGCUUCUUGAUGACACUUAUGAUGCUUAUGGUACUUAUAAAGAACUUGUGAUCUUCACAGAAGCAAUUGAAAGGUGGUCGAUAACAUGCAUAGACGUCCUUCCAGAAUACAUGAAAUUGAUAUACCAAGCGCUCAUGGAUGCUUACGAAGAAAUGGAAGAAAUCAUGAAAACGGAGGGAAAAGCACAUCAUCUUAGCUAUGCCAAAGAAGCUAUGAAAGCCCUUGUUAGAAGCUAUAUGAAGGAAUCAAAAUGGGCAAAUGAGGGGUACGUACCAACAACCGAGGAGCAUAUGUCAGUGGCAUAUGUGAGUGGCGGGUAUGGAAUGCUCAUACCAACAUGUUUUGUUGGCAUGGGUGACAUAGUCACCGAUGAGUCCUUCAAAUGGGCUCUCGCAACACCUCCUCUUAUCAAAGCUUCAUGUGUACUUUCUAGAUACAUGAAUGAUAUCGUCUCUCAAAAGGAAGAGAAAGAAAGAACACAUGUGGUAUCUAGUGUUCAAACAUACAUGAAGCAAUAUGAUGUCAGCGAGGAGUAUGUUGGCAACGUAAUUAACAGCAAAAUUGAAGACUUGUGGAAAGAUUUAACCCAAGAGUCACUCAUGUGUAAAAAUGUUCCAACGCCUCUAAUAGACCGUGUCAUCACCUUGACUCAGGUGUUGAAUGUCAUGUAUAACGGCAAAGAUAAUUUCACGCAGCUUGGAGAAGAGCUUAUAGGCCAUAUCAAAUCCCUUCUUAUACACGCCAUAUAGUGUAUGAUAUACACGUACACCUAAGCUCUAUUUAUAUCUAAAUAAUGAGUAACAUCUCAAGUUAUUUGGCGUUCAAUAUAAGACG